CACACACAAACACUGGGCAACCGACAACGACGGACCACUCCACCACCCAAACCAACCGUUUACAAUCCUCCGUCGUCACUCUCCUUCAUCCAUCUCCCGUCCAACGCAUCACCAAUCAUGCCGGACGAGCGCACGCCUCUAGUCGGCGCCAGCGCCUCGGCACCACCACCAACAGCAGCAGCAGGAGCAUACGGCACGUCGCCCGCCGUGGCCCAGCCACCAGCCGUUUCGCCCGACACGCCGCUGCAAGAACGUGCGGCGCAGCUGCUCGCCUCGGGCGGCGGCGACAACUCGAACCUGGCCAGCAUCGACCUAACGCACGAGCUCGCGUCGGCGCUGUACGCGCUGCACGUUGUCGAGCGGCACGACCGCGCGCGGGGCUCGGCGCGCGCCGCCGCGUCCCGCGCGAGCGCAACGGCCAGACAGCGCGCCGCGCUCCGCGACCACGCGCUGGCUGUGCUCGACGAGGCGCUGCACGGCGAGCAGCCAGACGAGAACAAGGACGACGAGGAGGACGUCCUCGACCUCAACUUUGGGCUUAUUAUCGAGCCGGGCAACUGGACCACUGUCGCUGCCCUCCUCUCCCACCACACCACCCCCGGCGCCGUGCUCGCGCACCCGCUCAUCCGCGCCGCGCUCCCCCGUGCUUGGUCGCGCCCCCGCCGCACGACGGGGCGCGGCCUCCGCGUCAUCCUCCAGAACGCCGUCACGCCUGCCCGCGCACACGUGCUCGAGCUCGUCGCUUCGCUGGUCUUCGUCGCCCUCACCCUCGUCACGGCGCUCGUGCCAGACGUCGACGUGCGGCCCGACACGUCGGGCCCGACUACCAUCGUCUGGUCGGUGUGGGCGUGGGCCUCGUUCCUUGCCUCCAUCUUCGACACGGCACACAACCGCCGCGGACCCAGCUCGACGUCGCGCAUCAUGCUCCUCCUCCCCGCGCAGUUGGCUGGCAUCCUCCACCCGAUCCCGUUCACCGAGGGCAUCGCUGUGGCCCUCCGCACGCUCGCUAUCCCGUUCAGCACGCUCGCCGUGGUCCUGCCUGCCGCGCCGGCCCUCCCGCUGCUGUUCCCCGCCCGCCUGCUCCCGCUCGCCACGAUACUCGCCGGUAUCCUCGCACGUGGUGCGCGUGCCGCGGCACUGCUCAUCCCGCUCGCGGCCGGCCUGUGGGCCCUCUUCGCCUACGCCCUCAACGGUGACGUCUGGAGGGCUGGUUCCGUCUCUACCAUGACGGGGCCAGGCGGCCCAGUCGAGGUCGGCGUCGCGCCGUUCGAGACCCGUGUCGCGCUCUUCAUCACCCUGGUGCUGGUUAUCGGCCUGAGCGCUGGCCUGUCGAUCCUCCGUGCCCUCGCCCCCAGCAACGAGCUGCACGACGGUACCUGGGAGGCAGAGUACGGCCCAGAUAUCGGGCACGCCUCGCGCCGUGCCCUCGCUGCCGCCGUGGCCCGCUACCUGCCGCCCUCGCGCGACAGCGCGCCGCCAGCCCCGCCCCUACCCAUCCCGUUCAACCUGCUCAUGGUGCCGCUCGACGUUGCGGCCGGCGUGUGGCGCGUCAUCCGCGGCGAGCCACCACUCCACAUCCGCCGCGCACGUGGCUGGCUCGCGAUGAUCAUUGUCGCCGUGCCAUGCCUCGUGCUCGCGCCGCUGUCCCAUCUCCUGCCGUCCUGGUAGAGGCUGUGUUUUAGUAGGAUUAAUACUGUAUGAAGAGUGUGUGGGUGUG